AUGGUCAAAAUCAAAUCAGGCUCGGGUCGCAAAAUUGGGUUAAUCUGGAACAUGCAACACGAGGAAGCCAAAAAGAAUGCGUUCAGAAAAGAGAAAAUAAAGAAGAUUCCAAGUCAGAAGAAUAUGGAUCACAAAGGAGACGAUCAGGGUGCAUUAUGGUGGACUUUCUAUGAAAAGGACGGAUUCCAGGAGGAGACAGAUAGCAACCAGGAAAAGAAGGAAGCAAAGUGGUGUUAUCUGAAAUGGGUCAUUUUCCAUUGCUGUCUAGUCGCAUUCUGUUAUGGAGCUUGGCUUACCGACUUCAAAGAAAUUAGUUAG